AUGUCCCAAGCCGAUCAGACGGACCCGGCCAACGCCACGGUCGCCGAAACAGGACACAAGGUGGACUGGAGCACGCUUCCAGAGGACGUGUUUCGCGUGUUUGAACACCGCACCGCACAGAAUAGUGCCGCGUACCUGUUGCCGACACUCAAAGAGCUGCAGCAGCGCAACCCCGCGCUGACCAUUCUCGACGUGGGCGCGGGAUCUGCAUCCAUCUCGGCGUCCUUUGCCAAUAUCGUCGGUCCGGGCGGGGGCCGCGUCACGGCCGUCGACAUCAACCCGGUCAUGCUGCAGCGCGGAAAGAAGCUGCUCGCCGACCGCUACGGAGUCCCCAUCGAUGGGGAGGACUGGAUCACGUUCCUGACGGCGGAUGGACACCAUCUGCCGUUCCAGGACGCAUCUUUUGACAUUGUGCACUGCCACCAAGUUCUUGCGCACAAUAAAGGCCAGGCCGAGAUUCUGCGCGAGAUGUUACGCGUCACCAAGCCUGGCGGCGUUGUGGCGGCGCGCGAGGGGGACAUGGAGACGGAGGUCUUCUGGCCACCGCUCCCGGGGCUACUCAAAUUCCAUGAGGAUCUCGAGGUGCGAGUUAUUAGAGCCCGCGGCGCAUCAACGCAGUCUGGCCGACAGCUCCUCUCCUGGGCUCUCGAGGCCAACGGCGGAGAUAGAAGCAAGAUCACUACAAGCUUUAGUGUCUGGAGCUAUUCCGAGCCUGAGGAAAGAAAGAUGUGGGCUGCAGGUAUGGUGAAUGGUGCACUCAACAACCCCCAGGUCCGCGAAUCCAACAUUAAAUCCGGCAUCCUGGAAGCCGACAUGGAUGAGAUGCGCGAUGCAUGGCUUGAAUGGCAGGAUAGGGACGAUGCGACGCUGUCAAUGGUUCAAGGGGAGGUGCUCAUAAAGAAGUAA